UCAAAAUGCAUUUCAUCAACAUCAUCAUCUCCCUCGCUGCACUCGGCGCCGUUGCCAAUGCUCAAUUCGAGAAGCGAUCCUGCGUCGCAAACUACGAUGUUGCCUGCACUUCCGGUGGCGACCCUUGCUGCGAUGGCUGGCAAUGUGUCGGCGCCACUGAGUGGAACGCCGGUGUCUGUAUCCCCAACUAUUAAGCGCUGGACUGGAGGUUUCGAAGCGGGCUUCGAAGAACAGCUUUGAUGUUAGCAUGUGUUCUGUAUUCGUUAC